AUGGGCUGUUUUGAGGACCUAAGGAGAAGGAAACCCUGUCAAUUGAAUACCAAACACUGGGUUUUUAUUUCAAUAACUGGAUUUCUUGUAGUUUUGGGACUAGGAAUUCUUAUAUCAUCUGUUUCUUAUCUUCACAAAUAUGACAAAGACUGUGAUAAUUCGUCUCCGGAAAUACCGAAGGAGUCCGUUCCAGAAGCCCUAACAUCGCAGGUCAUGGUGACUGAGAGAAUGAAGUCUAUACUCUCUGGUCCCUGUUCCUCGACUGAUUCCUGUCCAUUUGGUGCUGUUUGUGAGGAGGGAAUCUGCUCGUGUAACGAAACAUACCUAAACUACAAAGACGUCUGCCACAAAGUAACAAAUCUGGCGCUCGAAAAGACUGUUUCGGCUAGUUCUAGUUUAUUUCCUGCAAAUAAUAAAAGAUGGGAAAAUGCUGUUGAUGGACGCACACAUGUGAUGAAUUUUAAUCUGUUAUUCCAUACAGGUUAUGAAAUCUUCCCUUGGCUAUCCAUUAAUCUAGGAACUGAAUUAUGUGUCGUCAAAAGUAUUAUUUUAUUUAACAGGAUCGACAAUCACGGUAGAUGGCUGCAUGAUGUUGAAGCCAGGGUAGGCAACUCCUCGAACUGGCCCCAGAUGUCAACUUGUGGAACAUUCAUCGGACCCAGUAAAACUGGAGAUGUUCACAUCAUUGAAUGCGGGACACUCCUGUAUGGAAAAUGCGUCACAGUGAAAAUUGUCAAACCGAACUAUAUAACAGACGAUCGGGCAGCUAGAGGCGGGAAAAAUGCUCUAGUUUUAGAGGAAGUUGUUGUUAAUGGCAUUGUAUUGUAACUCAUGACAGUGCAUGCCAGCAUUUUUUAGAAAAGAAAAAUUUCCAAAGUUAAAUGCCAAACUACCAUUUCGUUUGUGUGUUAGUGUAUGAUUCUAUUUGGGGUGGGUGGAGGUGGGAAGGGGGGAUUUCACAUUGUUUAAAUCAAAGUAUUAGCCUUUCAUGCUUCCUGAAUAAAUGAAUGUAAAUGUGUAAAUGAGUAUCGUAAGAAAUACAAUAAAAUCGAUUUAACCGUGAUAUGCAGGUUCCCUUCGGCCUCGAGCUGAUGCUGGAUUCUCGGGUUGAUAUGGGAUUCUCGGGUUGAUAUGGGAUGUGAUACAGAUUUUGACAUGUAUUAUUCUUAAUGUAUCAUUACAUGUGCAAAUUGAUUAAAUUAAACGAUAUAUUGCAUGAUAUAUACUUUCAGUUACUGCUACAGAUUUUUAAAGCGUAUAGCAUUUUGUAAAAACUUUUUUGUAAUUCCUAAAAAUAAAUAAAGUAAUAACAAUAAUAAUAAUCUUUAUUCUGAAAUAGGCAUUCUGCAAUGUACAAGGACAUUGAGGUGUGAGUAUUAUAUACAUA